GCUUAACCAUUUAAUGAACUUGCGUUCGAUUGCGCUCUGACAAGAAGCCGUAUCUGCCCGUCUAAUGCACGCGAAAAUCGCUUGACGCAAGAUUAGGAAUGAGUGCUUCACUGGGCCGUGUUGCCGGUCAGAUGAAAAGGUUUAAUUUAUCGACUAGUGCCCACACUUUACGAUCAGCGAAAUGCCCGCGUCCAGUCAGCCGAGCAGCUCUCUGUGUCCGGGCUAUGACUCUCAAGGCCGUUCCCGUCGAGGCGUCCAUCCGCCCUGCAUCGCCGCGCACAAAGGAGCUCGCAAUGCGCAUCAAAUUGGCACCAGGGCUGGGCCCCGAUGCUCGCGCGAUUGUGGUUGGCUCGGGAGCUCUGGCCGUUAUCGACGUGCUCAAGUACCUCGGAGUGCAGGACAUUACAGCGGUGGAUACGACGCCCGACUUCAUUAGCGUCGUCAAGACGGCUCAUGGAACAGCCAGCACGCUGGGAAACGAGCCGGGCGUGCGUGUAUGGUGCGGUGACUUCACGGAGCUGCCUGCCUACAUGGGCCCUGCGGACCUGGUGGUAUUUACGGAUGAGCCCUUUGGAACGCAGCUCUCUCCCAGGGAUGCGCUGGUGCGGGCAUGCCUCACCAUCCGACCGGGCGGCUCCAUCAUCGUUAACUCGGAGAUGGAGAGCCGCAGGUGGCAGCCCAAGUACCCUCCCACACGUGACGUGUUGGCUGGUCUCGUGGCCGGCCUGCCAGUCAACAUCCAUAGUGAGCAGGAGGCGGACAGCGGCUAUUGCGGCGUGCUUCAGGUGCCGUACAACUACCGACUGCGCUCCCCCAUCCAUCUAAGCGGACCCGUGGUUCGCGGCUUCGGUCGCGGCAGCCGCCAGAUGGGCACUCCCACUGCGAACAUCGACCCGGAGCCUCUGACGGAAACACUGGCGGGCAUGGCACCGGGCGUGUACUUUGGCUGGGCCAGGCUGGCCGCGCCCCCCGGCUGGCCUCCCGCCGACUCCGCCGUACACAAGGUGGUACUCAACGUGGGUUGGCGGCCCACCGUGAACCAGGGCGGGGAGGCGCCAUCCGUGGAGUGCCACAUCCUGCAUGAUUUCGUGGGCGGCUCGGACUUUUACGGGUGCAACCUUCAGGUGGUGGUGCUGGGCUUCCUGCGUCCCGAGAUCCGGUUCGCCGGGCUGGACGCCCUGGUGGCGCGCAUCCGGGCAGACAUCGCCAUCGCUCGAGUGCAGCUGGACACUCCCGACCUGAGGGCACGGGCGGCAAUGCUGGGGCAGCAGCAGCAGCAGCAGCAGUAGUGGUGUUGGUGGUGGUGGUGAUGGGCGGGCGGCAGGAGGGACAGUAGUAGGUUACAGGGCAGCUGCCAUGGGUUUUGUUGGAGUGAUGGGUGGUCGAGAUGGGGGGAGUAAAGAGCUACGAUGUGAGUUAGGACAGGACCGUCUACAGGAGUGGUAGGCUGUGGAGGAGCAAAACAGUGUUGAGCUGAGCAGAGGGGCAUGUGUUUGGAUGAGGACGCUUGUGUUGCAGAGAGAACGGGAGUGAGGGAGGGAUGUAAGCGGGCAGCAGGAGGCGCGUAUUCUUGGGCUGCAGGGGGUGGGGUGUUGUAGGGCGGUUUGUUGCGGUGGGUGCAAUGGUGAGUGCCGAAUUUCAUAGGGCAGUGGCGAGGAGCAUGAAAAGCACAUGAGCAUUUGGAGUCCUGUACUGGAGCCUCUGUGGGUUAUUUCAUUGCUGGAGCUGCCUGCAGAGAUGCCAUUUCAUUUCUUAGCUUUCACGUUGCGGUGGUGCUGGGCUUUUACCCGUUUGGGAGGGAGUUGGGCUCGUCAAUAAGCACGUCAAUAAGCGUACCCGAGGUACCCGAGGAGGAGACACCGGUACCGUAUGAGGAGCGAGUGCGACUGUGAUGUAUGAGGCAUACAACGUUGCUUGCACUUCACUGUGCGUGCAUGCACCAGUGUGGGCAUGAUAGGCAUGUCUGACCCUCGAGGGUUUGAUUACUUAUGAGCAGGUGUUCAGCUGGCUUACAGCAUCAGCUGUAGCUGUUAAGCGAACGCAUGUAUGUGAUUGGCUGAGCAAGAGCAGGAGGAUAAUGUGCAUGUCUCAGAUGUAUACACCGCUCUGAUGUCUGGGAGCUGUUGUUGCCGAUGAUGGAAUACCGGUAGCGCCUUUAUUGGGAUGUCUAGGCAGCCACAACAGGAGGGUGCAUUGCAAGGCUGGCAUGCUACGGCACCUUCUUUGGGCACAGUCCUAAAAACCGCUCAGGAGGUAGGACCUUCAGGCCGAUGGACCCAUGGGUCUGCCGUGCGAGGAAGAAGUUGGCUACCGGUGUUAGCACAUGCUCCAUGUCGUCCGAGCAUCUAUCCUGCCGACUGCUACCGGAGCUUCAGGCAAGUAAAAUUGUUUGGUUACAAGGUUCACCCACCCGCUUUCGUUAUCAAGACAAUGCGUCCAGUGCGCCUCCAGUAGUGGUAUAGUACAUACACCCAGGACCUAGG